AAAACAUCCAGCACCAUGUCCGUAAUGCUAGAGACGUCCCUCGGCGAUCUAAUUAUAGAUCUAGAGGUAGACAAGUGUCCACGCACUUGUGAAAACUUCAUCAAGCUCUGCAAGCUAAAGUACUACGCUCUCAACGCCUUCUUCAAUGUCUCAAAAAACUUCAUCGCACAAUCUGGAGACCCAACAGCUACCGGCACAGGUGGUGAAUCACUCGCCUCUUAUGUCUACUCUCAGUCCCCUUCUGGUCCCCGUCCGCCGCGAUACUUCACCCCCGAAAUCCUCAACUCUCUCAAACAUACUCACAAAGGCACUCUCUCCAUGGCCGUCGCACCUAUAAACCCUCCCGGGUGUGGUUCUCAAUUCUUCAUCACUCUUGCCGACAAUAUCGACUAUCUUGACGGUAAACAUGCCGUCUUUGGGCAUGUCAUCGAAGGACUUGAUACGUUGGACAAGAUCAACGAUGCUUUCACCGAUAAGGAAGGCAGACCCCUCCAGAAUAUCCGUAUACGUCAUGUCGAAAUCCUUGAAGAUCCCUUCCCCGAUCCUGACAACUUUAUGCCUAUUCCUCAAUCUCCUAUUCGUCCCCCGGACGACCUUUCCAAAGUCCGUAUUGCUGAUACGGAAGAUCCCAACGCUGUCAUUCCCGAGGAAGAAGCCGAGGAAUUGCGUCGUCGUACCGAAGCUGCAUCCUCGGCGCUUACUUUGGAGAUGAUUGGUGACUUGCCCUUUGCGGCUGUAAGACCUCCGGAAAACAUCUUAUUCGUUUGCAAACUCAACCCAGUCACGCAGGAUGAGGAUCUUGAGCUGAUCUUUUCGAGGUUUGGCAAGAUUUUGAGCUGUGAAGUCGUUAGAGAUAAAAAGUCAGGGGAUAGUUUGCAGUAUGCGUUUAUCGAGUUUGAUGAGCGUGAAGCGGCUGAACAGGCAUACUUCAAAAUGCAAAACGUCCUCGUGGACGAUCGCCGAAUAUGGGUCGACUUCUCACAGUCCGUAGCAAAGAUGAACAGGAGCAUGCUCUCGUCGUCCAACCCUACGGGGCGUGGUGGACGUGGCGGUCGAGGUGGUAGGGGUGGGAACUAUAGCGGCCGACGGGAUGGUGAUAGGGAUAGGGACCGAGACUCUGGAUGGUCGAGUCGCCGCGACGCGCCGGAUAGCCGCAGACCGCCUCCUCCCCCAGUGCCCAUGUCUUCGUCAAGAGACGUAGGAGGCACAGAGGGUUAUGGUCUAGUAUUCGACGACCGAUCGGCACCUUCUUCCAGGGGGUCAAAGAGGGAUAGGGAGAGGUCGCCAAAAAGGGAAAGAGAUCGGGAGAGGGAGAGGGACAGGUCGCCACGAAGGGAUAGAGAUAGGGAGAGGGACAGGUCGCCACGAAGGGAUAGAGAUAGGGAGAGGGAUGAUCAUGAUCGUCGUGAUAGAGACAGAAACGGAAGAGAUAGGGAAAGGAACGGGGAUAGAGAACGAUAUCGUGAGAGAAGUCGGGAACGCGAAAAUGAGAGGUAUAGGGAAAGAGAUGAUAGGGAUCGUCGUCGAUAGAUUACUGGUCCUCGUCACUUUACUGCCAUAUGAAGAAGAAAUGGAAAGGCCCAGAAAAAGGCAGGAAAAAGCGUUCUCUAGCAUGGCCCGUAAUACAUUUUUCGGUAGCAACAAAGGU